AUGUAUUAUCAUUCUUCUUGUGUUUUGUUGCAUCAACAAAAGUUUAUUACUGAUUUACUUGUUGAUUUCGAUUGUUCUGUUGUGUCUUCUGUUGUGUGGCCAUUGUAUUUAACUGUUAAGUUGCACCAUGAUAUUGGUGAUUCUCUGCCUAGAUCUGAUAUAUAUCACAACCUUAUACAGAAGCUUAACUUUCUCACCCAUACUCGCCCUAAUAUUUGUUUUGCUGCCCAACAACUUACUCUGUUUCUUCACACACCUAAAGUCCCUCACAUGACUGCAACUUUACAUGUUUUACGAUACUUAAAGGGCACUUAUGAUGUUUGUCUUUUUCUUAAUGAUUCUGCUGAUUGUUCUUUGAUUGGCUACUGCGAUAGUGAUUGGGCUGCCUGCCCUGAUUCUCGCCACUCUGUUAGUGGUUUUUGUGUGUUCUUUGGGGGGGUGGUGGUGGUGGUGGUGGUGGUGGUGGUGGUGGUGGUAGUCUUAUUAGUUGGAAGUCUAAGAAAUAAUAAGUGGUUUCUUUAUGGAAUUUUUACCUCAUAUAGCAAAGGUUGA